AGUAUUGUCGGGGGCUAUUCUCUCUCCCAGGAACAUGGCGGCGAGUCAGGGAGGUGGUGGGAACAGUGGGGGCGGCGGUUGUGGUGGAGGUGGAAGUAGCGGUGGCAGUGGCUCAGCCGGAGGAGGAGGAGGAGGUGGCGGGGCCGGAGGGGGAGGCGGCAACUGUGGCAGCAGUGGCGGGACCCUGGUGGUGCCCAUCCCAGUACCGACUCUUUUCGGUCAGCCGUUCCCCAAUGGGCCUCAGUGGAACCCAAGCAGCCUGCAGCCUCAACACACGGUGAGAAGCCUGGACCGGGCCCUGGAGGAGGCGAGCAACUCUGGCAUUCUGAGCCUCAGUGGCAGGAAACUCCGAGACUUCCCGGGCGGCGGCUACGAUCUGACUGACACCACCGAAGCAGAUCUUUCCAGAAAUCGUUUUACAGAAAUUCCUUCUGAUGUUUGGUUAUUUGCACCUCUCGAAACAUUAAAUUUAUAUCAUAAUUGCAUCAAAACCAUUCCUGAAGCCAUUAAAAACCUGCAGAUGUUAACAUACCUUAACAUUAGUCGAAAUCUUUUAUCAACAUUGCCAAAAUACCUAUUUGAUCUUCCUCUUAAAGUUUUGGUCGUCAGUAAUAAUAAACUGGUAUCCAUUCCAGAAGAAAUUGGGAAGUUAAAAGAUUUGAUGGAAUUGGAUAUUAGUUGCAAUGAGAUUCAGGUCCUUCCCCAACAAAUGGGAAAAUUACAUUCACUCAGAGAACUUAACAUAAGAAGAAAUAACCUUCAUAUUUUGCCAGAUGAGUUAGGAGAUCUUCCUUUGGUCAAACUGGAUUUCUCUUGUAAUAAAGUGACAGAAAUUCCAGUUUGUUAUAGGAAACUGCAUCAUCUACAAGUAAUAAUUUUGGAUAACAAUCCAUUGCAAGUACCACCAGCGCAGAUAUGUUUGAAGGGUAAAGUACAUAUAUUUAAGUACUUAAAUAUUCAAGCGUGCUGUAGAAUGGAUAAGAAACCAGAUUCUUUGGAUCUUCCAUCACUGAGCAAAAGAAUGCCCUCUCAGCCUCUCACAGACAGUAUGGAAGAUUUUUAUCCAAAUAAAAAUCAUGGCCCUGACUCUGGAAUUGGAAGUGAUAAUGGAGAGAAACGAUUAUCUACAACCGAACCGUCAGAUGAUGAUACGAUCAGCCUUCACUCUCAAGUAUCAGAAUCAAAUAGAGAACAGACAUCAAGAAAUGACAGUCACACAAUAGGAAGCAAGCCUGAUGCUCAGAAAGACCAAGAGGUAUAUGAUUUCAUUGAUCCCAACACAGAAGAUGUCACUGUUCCUGAACAAGGCGAUACACAUAUGGGACCAUUUGUCUCUUUCCUUAAGGGAAAAGAAAAAUGCUCUGAAAAAUCACAGAAAAAUGAAGAACUAAACAAUGAAAAAAGACUUGAGAAAGAACAGUUACUUAGAGAAGAAGAUGAUGAUGAUUUGAAGGAAGUAACUGAUUUAAGGAAAAUAGCUGCUCAAUUAUUGAAGCAAGAACAAAAAAGCAGUGUCUCCGCAGAUGAAGUUAAUUUACCAUCAUCACCGCUUGCAUGGCAGCCCUUAGAAAAUCAGAAGGAUCAAAUAGAUGAGCACCAGUGGCCAGAAUCUCAACCUAUAAUUUGGCAAAGUGAAGAGAGGAGGCGGAGCAAGCAGAUUAGAAAAGAAUAUUUCAAGUACAAAUCAAUGAGGAAGAGUUCAAGUGGCAAUGAAAAUGAUGAGCAAGAAAGUGACAAUGCUAAUAUGUCACCACAAUCUCCAGUAUCAUCUGAGGAAUAUGACAGAAGUGAUGCUUUUUCACAUGGUCCCUUUGGAUUGAAACCUAGAUCAGCUUUUAGCCGCUCGUCCCGCCAGGAAUAUGGGGCAGCGGACCCAGGAUUUACAAUGAGAAGAAAGAUGGAACAUUUACGGGAAGAGCGAGAGCAAAUACGACAACUUCGGAAUAAUCUUGAAUCCAGAUUAAAAGUAAUUUUGCCUGAUGACAUUGGAGCUGCACUGAUGGAUGGCGUUGUUCUUUGCCAUUUAGCCAAUCAUAUAAGGCCACGCUCUGUAGCUAGUAUUCAUGUACCAUCACCAGCAGUGCCCAAGCUGAGCAUGGCAAAAUGUCGAAGAAAUGUAGAAAAUUUUCUUGAUGCUUGUAAAAAGCUGGGUGUCUCACAGGAAAGACUCUGUUUGCCUCAUCAUAUUUUGGAAGAACGAGGCCUUGUGAAAGUUGGUGUUACUGUACAGGCGCUUCUUGAAUUACCUACAACCAAGACAUCUCAGCUGUCUAUGACUUGAUGUAACAUUUUUAAAGUCAUACGUGUAUAGUUUCAUUUACUUGAAGUGAUUUCAGAUAUCUUGAGUUCAUGAAUAAGAAUGUUCAAUCAAAAAUAGUUUGCCAUAGUGUUUUUUUUUAAAAAUUACAUUAGAACAUAAAACUUAAACUUUGAAUUGCCCAAACUUCUCUUUGGGGGAAACUGGAUUAAUUUAAUAAGAGUUUGUGCUAAAUUCAAAUUCUCUUUUUUCAAAAUCAUUUCAUAACCUUAUUUUUCAAAAAGCAGAUUCAUACUAACUUUAAAAUGUACUUUCAGUUUAAUAAUCACCUUAGGUUUUUUUUUAACAUAACAUUCUAGUAAACAUCUGGAUGAAAGUGAUAAUUUUUUUAACAACUUAAAACAAUUCUAUACUUGAGUUGUUUAGUACACUUCUAAUUCUACUUUAUACACAGUUUCUUCAACCUUUGGUCUUAGUUUUCUAGAAAAAAGUGAGUAGAAAAAACGGAACUCUGACAUUAUAUUCUUUUAGUACUAUAGGUUGGUGCCAAAAUAUUUUCAGUUGUACUGUAGAUUGUUUACAUGUGAAGUGCCUGUGUAAUUGAUGAAUCUUAUACAGUCUUAAGCAUUUUUACAAUUUCUUUUUAUGUAUUAAUAGACUCGAUAGAACUUUAAAAUAUUUUAGUAGAUUUUGUAAAGUCAGUAAUAUGUGAGGAUUCAAAUGUACCUCACAUUGUGACAUUUGUGAUUUUUUUUUAGUUAGCCCAUUGCAGUUCUCCUUAAAUUGGUUAUUUCAUGUUGUCAAAAACCCAAUGUUAAUAUGCUUAAUUUAUGCUAUUUAAUUUUGCAAAACUUAAUCCUCUUAAAAUAUAUUAUUUGAAGAGUAUUUUAUUUCUGUAUUGAAAAUGUUACACAAAACUGAGAUUUUUGAGAACUAGUAAAGUACUAUCAAGGACAUUUUGAUACAGCUAAAGUUUGGGUUUAUAUCUUGACUUUCAGGAACAUUACAACAGGGCUGGUUUUAACUAUAUUCAGAGAGCAACCAUUGAGGAACACAUUUUUAUUAAAAUGGCCAUUCAUAGAUACUGUAUACCUAUGAUCCUCAACUCAGCGUUAAAUUAAUCGUAGACUGUUUCAUAAAUAUUUUCAUGAAAUACUAUGACAUAUAAAGUCCUUGUUUAAUUUAGAGAUGAGUGACUUUAUGUUGGUAGUAGUAUAGGAAUUUUUCAAAAUCAUUACUGUAAUGGAUAAUUCAGUUUCCUGUAGAAGAACAUUAGUAAUUACUUUUGUAGUAACCAAGCAAGUCUCAUAUUAAAUAUGUGAUCAUUUGCACUUGUUACCUCUUAAUAUGGAUGCAACUUAUUAAAAAUUCUGGCCUGGGUAUUUCAAAGGGUAUAUAUGAAAGGUAAUAACUAGUGUGCCAAAUGGUAUAGGAAGAGUUAAUUUAGGACCAACUCUACUUCUUUUGAUCACUUGGCAUGAAGCCAUAUAUUAAACUUUGGCUUUGGAAUACUGAUGUGUUCUUCACAUUCCCUAAGGGUCAAAUUGGAGCUUUUAAAAAAUUAAAGCUUCUUAUGACUGUAAAAUUUAAGAAUUAAAUUAUUGGUAAUUUAUUACUUUAAAUAUUUGAGCUAAUUAGUUAUUUUUCAGUUGAAUACAAAAAGAACCUCAUUGGAUAAUUUACCUAAGAAAUGACAAGUUAGUACCUUAGUUGCUGAAUUUUUAUUUUAGAAAUUUGACAGUGUUACAAAUUAAGAAACUGUUUAAAACAACUCAUUCAUACAUCUUUCAUAGUUAUCGUGCUGUAUAAUUCUUCUUAUUAAUCUAGUGUUAUUUUGUUUCAUAUCAUUGAAGAAGUAGUGAAAUGGUUGGCUAUUCCUUUAUUAGGUUUCACUCACCAGUUAAUUAUUACUUUAAAGAGAAAAUACACUAGAACCUAACUGUAGCAUUCUUUUCUGCAAAAAGUUCAGUUUACAUCGAUUCAUCAGAGUUCCAGUCCAUGCUAAUUCAUUUAUUAUUAUGCCAAAAGACUAUACCACCUCUAAAACAGUUUCACAGAAUAGUCCCCAAAGAAAA